AUGGUAUCAGAGACGUCUCUGAUGAAAAUCACGGUGGUUUUGUGUGUAUCGGUUAUAAUACAUGCUGACCCGCUAGGAAAUUUCUUGCCUCAUGAGCUCGCGGAAUGUGUAAACAGACUUACUGCUUUAGCAAACGCCACAGAUCCAUUGGCCUCAGUAGCCCGUCUAAAUAUCAAACAACGGGAAAAUACUGGACAACAGGCUAGUGUAGAGAAAGGGAUCGACUACGCUGGCACCGAAGUGCCCAGACUUGAGACGCCAGAGGAUGUGCACUUCUAUUGUAUCCAAAAGUUCGUGUGGAAAGCGGACAUGGUGCGCUGGGAGGACUACAACAUCACUCAGACGAACAAAGACUUCAUCAAUGGCCUUCUAGCAUCCAUGAUGAAAACAUCACGGUCAAAGCACUCAAGAAGCAAGCGCCAGGCCGGUGGUCCAGGUGGUAGGUUUCCGCCGACAGGUUUCCGCGUCCGACGGGAAAUCAGACGAAUAUCCGACGGAGAAAGAAGAGCAUUUUUUGGAGUAGUGCGCAUAUUGAAAAUGAACGGAGUGUAUGACAUUUUCGCCAGAUAUCAUAUGGGAAUUACAGUGGACUCCGCUCAUGGGGGUCCAAAUUUUCUUGGGUGGCAUAGAGUCUACCUAGCCAUGUUCGAGGAAGCAAUCAGACGAAUUGACAGACGACUUUCACUGCCGUUCUGGGACUCAACGCUUGACUACGACAUGGUCAAUCCGGUACACUCAAUUGUGUGGUCACCGGCGUUCUUUGGAAACGGUGAUGGACCGGUUAUCACGGGACCCUUCCGAUACUUUGCAGCACAUAAUGGUCCCCUAGGAAGAAAUAUAGGUUUUAACAGUUCGCUGCUUACCAAAGAGAGUAUAAGAAAUAUAAUGACGCGUUGUCUGACUAGCGAAAUCGUCCCUCUAACUGCCGCACCUAUGUUCGAUCUUGAUGCGUUGCAUGGUGGCCCUCACAUGUGGGUCGGUGGACAGUUAAGUAUGCUUGAAACAGCCGCCUUCGAUCCAGUAUUUUUCCUCCACCACGCAUUUAUAGACUAUAUUUGGGAAAUAUUCCGCAUUCACCAAUUCUUUGACUGUGGAGUUAAGCCAAACACUGACUAUCCACAUGUACCUGAUCUACACGCCGCACUCAGACCAAUGGACGCACUACAAGGAUACAUCAACAUUGAUGGCUAUCGAAACUACUGGACACAAUUCUGGUAUAGAUACGAACGUUCUCCAACGUGUCCGUUUUGCGGCUCUCCAUAUUUAAGAUGCGACCCGAUCCGUGGCGUAUGCGUAUCACGUGAACGCAGGCUUUCACCCGAUGAAGGAUCUCCAGGUCCGAUGGGUUACUCUGCUGCAGGAACGGCAGCAUCCCCACGAGCAGCACGAGCAAGGGCUUUUGUUGCAACUCUCGGCGUCGGCCGACAGUUCCCGGCGCCUCCCGCUGAACCAAGGACGCAGAUUGCUCAAGCAAGCAUGGCUCUUAUGGGAGCUUUUAGACGUAAAAGGAGGGCCGUACCGCAGCAACAAAUGACACCUUUCCCAUUUGUUGGUGAUAAUUCAACUCGGCAAAAUAUCAUGCAACCACUUGCAAUAGGAGCAAAGUUUCUUGCCUCAGUAUCUGAAGAUCGAACAUUAGACGUUUUGUUUAGGAACAAUGCAAGCGGUAUGUUUACAGGGCAAAACGUCGAUGAAGCUACGCAAGCUGUUUACUCAGGACAUGCAUUUCGAGUCGCAGAACCAAUGCCACUGCUCCCCGUUCCGGUGUGGGACACACUAGAUUCAUAUAUGGAGAACCCUAGCUCUUACAUUACCAACUCAUCGGCUUAUGACUGGCUUUUUGUUCCUGUUCAAGUGACAUACAACGCUGUUGGUGCCGAAUUCUCUGCCCAGAUACCGAGUAUGAAAUGUCUGUCAUCGGAUUCAAUAUUGUCUCAUAUAAAAGUGUCCGCACAAGGCCUAAAUUAUCUUGGAGAAUAUACCGACUACGCGGCAGUGGACAACAGCAUAGCUCUAGCCUCCUCCCACGCAAUCGUCGCCAUACGGGCUCCAGUGGUCGGACCGUCUAUUUCCAUGGUAACUGCAAGUCACGGAUGCGGAUUAAUGUGCAAACCAAUGUGCAUAGACACCGAGACCGGCACGUUGCUGUACAAACCAUGCACGGGAAUACUGUGGAUCAAACCAGAAGAUGCAACAGCGUACGUCCGAUCCCACGACGAGGCUGUGGAAAGCCUUGCAAGAGGUGGGGCCAAAGUCCCAAUAAUGUUCGAGUGUCACAAGGAAAGUCAGGCCCCUUGGCAGAAGCUCUAAACCACAUUUCUUGUCUUGCUUAGUUUUUUCUGAGUAAAACAUGAAAAAUUUGAAUGAAAACAGUCCCUUUUUCUCUAUUUUCAAAGCAGAAGUCAAAUUAUAACAUAAUUAUAAAUAUUUUUGAAUGGGAUUGCUUCCUUAACUGCUAGUUUUGGUUGUUUGUUUUUGUAAUAUAUGUGGAUUCUAAUUACAAAAUAACGGUAAAUUGUCUUAGUGAUUUCCUCUAGUCAUGUACAAGAUUUUCACAUGACUUUUCAAAAGCAAAUAUGUUAAAACAAAAAACUUAAAUUAUAUUUU